AUGCGACAUGGAUUGAAACUGGGAAACUGGAAUAGGGUUUUUAGAGGAGGUAGUGAGAUCGAACCGGUUGAACCGGACACAAACCGGACCCGUGGGCCCAACCGGACCCAUCACUUAAAUGAGCUGAAGCUCAUUUUCUCCUUCAUUUUGGCAUGCAAACGCUGGAGAGCUCAGCAUGCGGAGGAAGAACGUUUGAAGCUUCCAAAACCCUCAUUCAAAAUUCAAUUCUCAAUAACUUUUGAUCCGGAGCUCCGAUUGACGAUCCGUUUGCAGCCAUGCAACCGCGGCGUUGAGCUCUACAAAGCCCGGUACGUUGUAAGGCUCGAUUUAACUUGCGGAGCUUAUCGGUUGAGUUGCUGUGAGUGUGGGUGCGGUGUGAAUAAAGUAUAUACAUAUGCAUUGGAAUUGAAUUGUGGACAUUUGGAGGCUUGGUGGAAGAUUGGUGCUAAGGUUUUGGAUAAUUUCUCAAGCUUGGGGGGGGGCUGUAAGUGUGAGUUGUGUGGCUGCCUUGGACUAAACAUGGUGAUCGACCAAGAUGCAGGUUGAGAGGCUUCUCGCUAGGUUCUUGGAUCCCUGAAGCGGAGCGGUCCCUGGGUUAUUUUGGGGUUUCAAUUUGUGU